AUGCGCCUCGUCCACUCCGCCCUCGCUCUCGUUGCCCUGCUAUCGACCUUGACCGCCGCCCAGUUCCCCUCCACCUCGGUCAAUCUCACCACAAUCACCUCGCCCGUAGACGGAAAUGUCACCAUUCGCUACAAGAUCCCCGACGGCGCCUGCAAGACGGCAUACGACUCCCAGCAGCAGUACACCGGAUGGGUCAGCGUCCCGGGGCCCUUCCCAGCCAACAUGUUCUUCUGGUUCAUCGGUGCCCGCGAACCCACCAACGCCAUGACCAUCUGGCUUAACGGCGGCCCCGGUGUCAGCUCGCUGUUUGGCAUGUUCACCGAGGUCGGUCCCUGCGAGGUUGUCGAGAAGGGGCUGGAUCAGUACGAGACUGUUGCACGGGAAUGGGGCUGGGACCGCGCUUCCAACAUGCUCUUCAUUGACCAGCCUAACCAAGUCGGCUUCUCGUACGACAUUGCGACCAACGGCUCUAUGGACCUUUUCAAUGCGAACCAGUCAAGCCCGCCGCAGCCGCUCCCCAGAAGCCAGCCGCCCGCGACCUUCCUCAACGGAACCUUCAGUUCUUUGAACGUCAACAACACAGCAAACACAACUGAGACGGCCGCCAUCGCCGUGUGGCAUAUGCUUCAGGGCUUCUUAGGCGCCUUUCCCCAGUACAACCCUCCUAACAACAGCUCCCUGGGCAUCAACCUUUUUGCCGAGAGCUACGGCGGGAAGUAUGGCCCCGUCUUCUCUGACGUCUGGGAGAGGCAGAAUGAGAAACGCCAAAACAGCUCCUUGUUCGCCAACACCACGCUCGAGGUCCAUCUGACGUCUCUGGGCAUCGUCAAUGGCUGCAUUGACGACCAGGUUCAGGCCCCCUACUACCCAGCCAUGGCCACCAACAACACGUACGGCUUCAAGGCCAUCACCGACGUCCGCGCAACCAUGGCGAAUGGCACUCUGUACGCUCGGGGCGGCUGUUUCGACUUGAUUCAACAGUGUCGCACAGCCGAAUCCGUCUACGACGCCAACAACACGGGCGGGGUUGGCACAGUCAACGACUUGUGUUCGCGGGCGUACACGACGUGCAACGAUAAUGUCGUGGCACCGUAUGCCGAGUCCGGUCGGAGCUGGUACGACAUCGCGCGCCAGAACCCGGACUCGUUCCCGCCGAACACGUACCUCGAGUACGUAAACACGGCCGCCUUCCAGCAGUCCAUCGGGUCCACUGUCAACUUUACCAUGACGAGCCAGGCCGUCCUCUCGGCCUUCCAGACGACCGGCGACCACAUGAGGGGGCCCCUGAUCCCGAAGCUGGCCGGCCUCCUCCAGCGCGGCAUCCGCGUCGCCCUCAUCUACGGCGACCGCGACUACGUCUGCAACUGGCUCGGCGGCGAGGCCGCGUCGGCCGACCUCGCCUGGCAGACUGGCGCCCUCUACGGCCGCAACUUCACGGCCGCCGGCUACGCCCCCAUCAUCGUCAACGACUCGUACAUUGGUGGCGUCGUCCGCCAGUUCGGCAACCUGUCCUUCAGCCGCAUUUACCAGGCCGGCCACUCGGUGCCCGCCUACCAGCCGGAAACCGCGUUCCAGGUCUUUGCCCGUGUCAUCAUGGGCACCUCCAUCUCGACCGGCGACCGCGUCGACCUGGCCAGCUUUAACACCUCGGGCGACGCCCACGCGACCCAUACGGACAAGCUGCCCAGGUCGCCCGACCCUACGUGCUGGCUGCGGUACAUGCAAGGGUCCUGCAGCGACGACCAGGUCGGCAUGCUUCGGCGCGGUGAGGGCGCCGUUAUCAACGGCGUGCUGUACAGUGCCUCGAGCGACUGGCCCCUGGCCACACAGGCCCCGACGUCGACGCAGCCGGCCACCUCAUCGUCGUCGACGGUGCUGACAGGGCUCUUCACCGCGACGACGACUCCCAAAAGCGCCGGCACCGUCGCUCGACCGAGGAACUCCUUUGCGACGUUAGCCGCCUUAUUGACUAGUGCUGUUUGCGUUGGUAUCGGCAGUUUGUAA